AUGGUCGACAUGGGGGGCCUGGACAACCUGAUCGCCAACACGGCCUACCUGCAGGCCCGCAAGAGCUCGGAGGGCGACACCCGGGAGCUGCAGCGGCGGCGCCGGAGCCUGGCGCUCCCCGGGCCGCAGAGCUGCUCCGAGCUGCGCCGGGAGCCGGCCCCGCACUUCCACAGCCUGUGCGAGCAGCAGCCCAUCGGCCGCCGCCUCUUCCGCGACUUCCUGGCCACGGUGCCCGGGUACCGGGAGACCGCGGCCUUCCUCGAGGACGUGCAGCGCUGGGAGCUCGCCGAGGCCGGGCCCGCCAAGGACAGCGCGCUGCGGGCGCUGCUGGCCACGUGCGCGCAGGCCCCUGGCCCGGGGGACCCACGCCCCUUCCCCAGCCCGGCCCUGACCGCCCAGUGCCAAGCAGCCACCGCCGAGGACGAGCGAGGGGCCCUGGUGGCGCAGGCCAAGGCCGAGGCCAUGGCCUUCUUGCAGGAGCAGCCCUUCCAGGGGUUCCUGGCCAGCCCCUUCUACGACAGGUUCCUGCAGUGGAAGGCCUUCGAGAGGCAGCCCGUGUCCGACAAGUACUUCCACGAGUUCCGCGUGCUGGGCAAAGGCGGCUUCGGGGAGGUAUGUGCUGUCCAGGUGAGAAACACUGGUAAGAUGUAUGCCUGUAAGAAAUUGGACAAGAAGCGGCUGAAGAAGAAAAAUGGUGAGAAGAUGGCUCUCUUGGAAAAGGAAAUCUUGGAGAAGGUGAACAGCCCUUUCAUCGUCUCUCUGGCCUAUGCCUUUGAGAGCAAGACCCAUCUCUGCCUGGUUAUGAGCCUGAUGAACGGGGGAGAUCUCAAGUUCCACAUCUACAACAUUGGCACACGGGGCCUGGAAAUGAGCCGGGUGGUCUUCUACUCGGCCCAGAUGGUAUGUGGAGUGCUGCACCUACAUGACCUUGGCAUCGUCUACCGAGACCUGAAGCCUGAGAACGUGCUUCUGGAUGACCUCGGCAACUGCAGACUGUCCGACCUGGGGCUGGCCGUGAAGAUCCAGGAUGGCGAGCUCAUCACCCAGAGGGCUGGAACCAAUGGUUACAUGGCUCCUGAAAUCCUGGUGGAAAAGAUGGGUUAUUCCUAUCCUGUGGACUGGUUUGCAAUGGGAUGCAGUAUUUAUGAAAUGAUCGCUGGGCGAACACCAUUCAAAGAUUACAAGGAAAAGGUCAGUAAAGAGGAUCUAAAGGAAAGAACUCUGAAAGAGGAGGUCAAAUUCCAACAUGAUAACUUCACAGAGGAAGCAAAAGAUAUUUGCAGACUCUUCUUGGCUAAGCAACCAGAGCAACGCUUAGGAAGCAGAGCAAAGUCUGAUGAUCCCAGGAACCACUCUUUCUUCAAAACCAUCAACUUUCCUCGCCUAGAAGCCGGCCUGGUUGAACCCCCAUUUGUGCCGGACCCUUCAGUGGUUUAUGCCAAAGACAUCGAUGAAAUUGAUGAUUUCUCUGAGGUUCGGGGGGUGGAAUUUGAUGACAAAGACAAGAAGUUCUUCCAAAGAUUUGCAACAGGUGCUGUUCCCAUAGCAUGGCAGGAAGAAAUUAUAGAAACAGGACUGUUUGAAGAACUGAAUGACCCCAACAGGCCCGCAGGUUGUGGGGAGGGUAAUUCAUCCAAGUCUAGUGUGUGUUUGUUGUUGUGAAUUGUUCUCUACUAGACAGGCAGCAGGAGCCUCCCUUGACAUAAUCCUCGAAACACACGAGAAUCUGUUGAAUAAGAACUGAUCAGUUAGGAGGGACAUUUCAACCAUAGAACAAACAGUUCAAGAGGUGGGCAAGCUCACUGCUAGGACAUGUUUUCUUUUUCUUUUUCUUGCUUUUUUCAUAAAGAUGGGUAAAGUCUCAGCUUUCACUGAGGGCUGGGGAAAGAAACACUCAGGUUUAUUUUGAUAAAUUAAAAGCAUGAGCCCUCCACCGUCACGUCCCUGUGAAUUACACAAAGUCCUAGGAACAGAGAAUGGAACUUUGUGGAGUACCCAGAAAAUGAGCAUUUGCAAUUCUUAGUAAAUAAUCAUUUUAGUUUUUCUUUGUUUAUAUCCUCUCUUUCCUCGUUUUGCAGUAUUUCUUUUGCUUCUGUACUUAGUAAAAGGAUUCUGAAGCUGGAAAUAAAUGUUCCUGAUGUUCUCCUCCUAAAAAGGAAUGGGUUGCAGUAUUUGGCAAUAUUUCAGAUUUCAGAACAAUUUUCAGUUUCACCGACUAUUUUUCUUUUUUUGAAAUAAUUUACCAUUAUAAUGUUGAAGCAUUUUAAAUGUAAAUAUCAUGAGGUCUGUGAAUUCAAGUGUUCUGUAAGUUUAGCUAAGUCCUUUAGGUAAUAUGCUACAAAUUGCUUACAUGUGCAAUUCCAUAUGUCAUCAGUUCCCAAACUUUGCUGAACUUUGGAAUCACCGAAGGAUCUUUUAAAAAUACUAAUGCCUGGCUCCCACCUCCAGACACUCUGAUCCCCACCCCCAGGUAUGGUGUACAGCCUGGACAUUUAGAUUUUCAAAAGCUCCACAGGUGAAUCUAACGUGCAGCUAAUUUGGUUCCUCACACAUAUUUUGGGAGGCAGAUCUCUUGCCUAUUUCAAGCCCUGAAAGAGACAUACCGGCGUAAAAGUUGAAUUGAACAAAGGGUAGCUCUCAUUUUAAGUGGCUGCCCAGGCAGCACUGUUUUGGAGAGGUAGCACGUCUUAAGAGCAUAGCCUGUGUGAGAAUUAUAAGGCUGAAAAACAAAUUGGUGACACAAAUAUAAAUCUCGUGACAUAUUAAAAAAAAAAAAAAGAAGAUACAUGUGUGCAUAGGAAAUCUCAUUUGUCCCAGUGGUGAAAAACCUGGCUGAAGUCAUUUUUCAAGUUUUGUCCCUUGAGUAAAGGAUCCAGAAGUUGCAAGAACACUGGCCAAAAAAUUUCUGGUUAACAGUGAUCCUCAGCUACAGGACAGCAUUAACUCUAUCUGGACCUGGGAGAAGAAACCCCCUGGGAGUGGAGUCCCGGGUUAGUGCAUACGUGGCUGGCCCCCGGCUCCCGUGUCCUCAGCGUACUCCAUGAUGCUCCGAAUCCUGACCUGGAGAUGCUGCAAAGUCCUCACUCGUCAAAGCAGGAUGCAGGUGUGUCCAGCAGAUUAUUUUUCCUAAAGCAAGAAAGUAGAUUAAAAUUUGGUAAGAUUUCUAACAAGUCUGUUUUAACAAAAAAUGAACAGACAACAGAAAUACAGUUAUCCAGGGCUUUUCAGUAGUAGAGUUCUCAGGAUUAGGCUUUACAAAUAUUAGACAUUUAAAAAUAACGUCUUGUUUAUUUGUCAAUUAUGCCUUAGUAAAGGUGGGGGCAGACUGAUACAAGCCAAUAAUUAAAGAUAAACAGUCCAUUUAAAAAAUAGACAAAGGACCUGGAGAGUUACGCAAAAAUAAUACAAAAAAUAAAUUAAAAUAUUGUCUUGUUGCAUUGGUUCCUUAAUGUGAAUUAUUGCUCAUGAUAAACUUUUUUUGGCAGCUGGCUGGUACAGGGAUUGAACUCUGGACCUUGGUGUUAUCAGCACCAUGUUCUAACCAACUGAGCUAACCGGCCAGCCCCUUACUAAACUUUAAAUGUAAUUUGAUUCAUUUCUUAGAACUAACUCAGGAAAAUAAUUGAAUAAGUACUAAAUAACUACCUUAGUAGUGAAUAAGUAGUAACUAACUACAUAAGUAGUAAAUCACAAUCACCAAGUAAGUACGUGUUGAGGUCUAAUUACACAGUGAACUGCAUGCUGGGUGGUGUCAGGGAUAUCAUAGAAAAAUAAAACAACCAUGUAAGAAAGGCAGUAUGGUAUAGAAUGUAGAAAGCAGACUCCUGUUGGUGUUACUAUUCACAUUUUAAAUGAGGAAACUGAGGCUUAUAGGUUGUGUAACUUGUCCAAGUCACACAGCUCGCAGGCUGUUGUGAAGAGUGGAAAUGACACAUACGAAGCACACAGCGCAUGACUCACACACAGUAGGCACAGAAGCAAACAAAGACUGUGGUCAGUAAGUAUAUGUGGGUUAAAAGGGAAUGAUUCUAAGGGGACAAAAUCAGGCCAUCUUAAUGACAAAUUCCAGAGAAAGUGAGAGAAGGAAGAGAGCUGAGUCCCAGGGAGUGGUUGAGAAGAAAAAUGUUCAUACACGAUGAAAGAAAAAUCUAAUUAGAAUAUGUGUGGACAUUGGGGCCAGAGGCAACUCCUAGGCCUCUCUGUCAUGUGCCAGGUGGGAAACUCACAUAGGCUAAGUCAGAGCAAAGGAGGCUCACCACGACACCGGCAGGACACAGUGCAUGGCAGCUUUAUCCAGGAGAUUAGACGCUGGAGUUGGAGAGAAAUAAGCAAAUGCAAAGGAAUAGGUGCAGGUUGCGGGUGGGAUUCAAGUAAAGACUUAACUGAGAUGCAGCCAGCUGUCCCAUCAAAGGAACGAAGUGAUUUUUGAAAAGGGAUGAUGCUUAUUUUCAAAAAGCUACAGUGAGCUUAUAUUUUUAUAGAAAAGUUCAGUAAACAUAAUGAAACAUCAGAGGAAACAAAGACAUAUAUGAGUUAAAUAUUUAGACAAAGAAGAACCAGAGAAAAGACAUUUUUAUUCUUUCAGUUUGUCAGAGAUUAUUUUGAAUGUUUGUUUCUUAAAGGGAAAGAUAGAUUUGGUAAACUGCUUGAAGGGGCUUAAAACAGCCCUGCAGAGCAGAAGAUACAGAUGAUAUUUUCAUAGCAAAUAGUGAUGAGUUAUUGACUUUAAAAUUGUAUGCCACAAAGGUUAAGAAAUUAUUCUCAAUUUUUUAUUUUGAAUAUAAAUUUUAAGGUAUUUCUCAUUUAGGUGACCAGGAGUGAAUGUGAAAUAAUUCAAUAACUUAAACCUUGCUUCUUAGGAAUUGCUAGAGGCAUGUCUUUUGAAAUCAUGAGAGUCUGCCAGAUCAGUUUUUAAAGAUCAUUAUAUUAUAUGUAUCAUUAAGGCAGUUUAAUAAUAAGACUCAACUUAUGUAAAUUA